GGAAAAGGAAGUUGGCCUCGUUAGCACCGCCUAUUCUUGCCUCCUUUUGCGUGUCUUUCCAGGUUUCUCAAACAGAAGGCGGUAAAGAGAGAAUGGAAGAGAGUUUUUUUUCUCCUUAAGGCGGGCUGAGGAGAAGCAGGGAGUUUCCCACGACUCCUUUUCCUUCCUUUUUGCGAAAAUGAGGGGUUGAGGAGGGAGCCUUUUAGAGAGCGCUGCACUCCCACUCAGGAGACUGCUAUCCUUCCAGCUGUUUUCGUUUUCAGCCAUUUUCAUUGCCUCUCCUCCAUUCAUUUGUGCAUUUAUGCUUGCUAUUUAUUUCGGAAGGAAAGGGCCAAAUACAUUGGUCAAGUAUAGUUACUUUUUGUGGUAGUGGUGUUGCCAUUUUACUUCUCUGAAGACCCUUUAAGAACCUUUUAAGAUCAUUUCAACUCCCAGAAUUAAACUGUUGACCAAUCUAGCUGGGGCUUCUGGGAGUUGAAGUCCAAAACUUGGAGGACCAAAGGUUGGGAAGCGUUGCAGGCUCAUGGGUGGCCUUGCCCUCUGAAGUGUAAAUAUCAGUAUUUAAAUGUGAAAUAGGGAAGGAAACGAGCAAGUCCAGGGAGUCACCUGUCCUUUGGGUGUUUUGAGAGGCACCCUUGUAAAAAUUUAAUGAAGAUUGGUUAAUAGAGAGGUUGGCAAAUUAAUUUCCAGACAACCUUCUUGCUACUUCAUCCAUAAAUUUCCUCACUUUAACAUGUCUCAAGAUAGUGAGCAUGGGAAAUGGACAGUCUCUAGCAGCGAUGAGAGUGCUGGUGAGCAAGAAGAUGGGGAAAAGCCCUCCACUUCUUUGCCGCAGCAAACUGGCCAAGGCAAGGGAAGUGAGCCCUCUUACCCUUGUUCAGAGGCCAGGAAAACCGCGCUCAAGAGAAAGAUGUCCCCUUUGAAGCAUCCAGAUGGGAGUUUUCCUCAGGAAAUGGCUCUGGCCCUAAAGCAGAAGCUUCCUCCAGAAGGACAGGAUUGGUGCCUUUCAAGUAGCGAGGAUGAGGAUGAUACUAAAGGUCAGAAGGGGAAAGGAGAUGCGGCAGCCGGCGCCAGGCCGAAAGAACACAGUCCUGCUCCAAAGGAGCAACGAGGAGGGACUCACAAGUCUCUCCAGAGCCAGGAGUCUUCACAGCCAUCUGAAAAAGUGCAGGACACUUGGGAUCUGUUGAAUGGGGAAAACCCUUUCAGAUUCUUCCUCACAAAAGUUAAAGGGAUCGACUCCAAAUACAAUUUGGGAGCCCUCCACAUAAAAGAUAUUUUGUCUCCUCUCUUUGGAACCCUGGUAUCUUCUGCUCAGUUUAAUUACUGCAUAGAUUUGGGAUGGCUUGUCAAACAAUAUCCAAAGGAAUUCAGAGAGAAACCUUUACUAAUUGUUCACGGAGAGAAACGGGAAUCCAAAGCAGAACUGCAGGAAGAAGGAAGCCUUUAUGACAAUGUCCGCUUGUGCCAGGCAAAACUGGAUAUUGCGUUUGGAACCCACCACACGAAAAUGAUGUUAUUGCAUUAUGAAGAAGGCCUUCGAGUGGUGAUACAUACCUCAAAUCUUAUUGCUGAUGAUUGGUACCAGAAAACGCAAGGGAUAUGGCUAAGUCCUCUAUAUCCAAGACUCCCACCUGGAGCAUCUGCAUCUGAUGGUGAAUCCCAUACAAUGUUCAAGUCUGACCUAAUAAGCUAUUUGAUGUCUUACAAGUCUCCUGCUCUCGGUAAAUGGGCUGAAACAAUUAAGCAACAUGAUUUCUCAGAGACAAGGGUAUAUCUUCUUGGCUCAACUCCAGGUCGAUACCAAAACAGUGACAAAGAGAAAUGGGGUCAUCUUAGACUUAAAAAGCUGUUGAAAGACCAUGUGAUGCAAGUAUCUGAUCAGGAUUCAUGGCCUGUAAUAGGACAGUUCUCUAGCAUUGGAUCAAUGGGUGCCGAUCAGUCCAAGUGGUUGUGUUCAGAAUUCAGAGACAGUUUGACCUCUCUUGGAAAUGACACGAAGGCUCUAACAAAUCGUGACAUCCCCAUUCACUUGGUUUAUCCAACUGUGGAGAAUGUAAGACAGAGUUUAGAAGGUUAUCCAGCUGGAGGCUCCCUUCCUUACAGUAUAGAAACUGCAAAGAAACAGCUUUGGCUGCAUGCUUAUUUUCACAAAUGGUCGGCUGAAACAUCAGGACGUAGCCGUGCAAUGCCACACAUUAAGACUUACAUGAGAGCAUCUCCAGACUUCCAGAAGAUUGCAUGGUUUCUAGUUACAAGUGCCAAUCUUUCCAAGGCUGCUUGGGGAGCUUUUGAAAAAAAAGGCACCCAGCUGAUGAUCCGGUCCUAUGAGCUGGGAGUUCUCUUUCUUCCAUCGGAAUUUGGCUUGAAUUCGGGGUACUUCCAAGUGAAGGAAAGUAUGUUUUCUAAUGAGCCAUCUUCAUCAUUUCCUGUACCAUAUGAUCUGCCCCCGAAGAAAUAUGAGGGCAAAGAUCGGCCAUGGAUUUGGAAUAUUCCCUACACCAGAGCUCCUGAUACUUAUGGGAACAUGUGGGUUCCUAGGUGAACUUUGAACUGAAACAUCAAGCUUUGAUUCUGAGUCCAGAAAUGAGCAGUGUUCAUCCCUGAGGAAAUUAAUGAUUUUAUUAAUAUUGUCUUGUACACACAAUUAAGCCUGUUUAUAUAACAGUACUGAUUUCUAUUUUUGAGAAGUUUAGUAUUUCUAAAUCUCAUGACACUAUACUUUGAAAAUAGUAUUUAUAAGCUUGAUUAUUUGUUCUGAAAUGCUGAGAAAAGAUUAUUGUCUUUGUACUGUUGCCUGAAUAUUUUUCAGCCAUGCUUUACCUGUCCUUGAAACAAUAGCUAUGAUGGAGAACAUUUUAUAGAACUGAAAUAAAGUGAACCAAACUAC